AGCCACUGAGUCAGUGAUGAACCGCGGCUUGGAUCGGCGAUAUUGAACCUCUGAAGCCACUGAAUCGAAUCAAUCAAUCACAAGGCAAGGAUUAUCACUGCGUCAUAUCGCCAUAAUUAUCACCGACAAGGGUAGGGUACGGUACGUGCGUGGAUCCUGCUGACCUAAUACCUCUCCGCUCACCUCACCCCUUUUCCCCUUUCAGUCACCUCGACUUUUUCAACGAUAUUGAUAAAAUUCCAAGCUUCGCACUACGCGCUCCCACCAACACCCUCAACUCGUUGCAUAAAAAAAACUCACGUCAUACGAUUACAUCAUGCGUCAACCCAUAUCGACACAACCAGUCACCAAUGGUGAUGGAGAGGAAUGGUAUCUUCCCGACAAAAUGCUCGCACGGCAUCCCAGCAAGCCUCACAUUGGCAGCUUGGAGGAGUACCAGCAGAUGCACCAGCUCUCCAUUAGUGAGCCUGAAGCUUUCUGGGGAAACCUAGCUCGUGAACUUCUUACAUGGGAUCACGACUUUCACACCGUCAAGAGCGGCUCGCUAGUCGAGGGUAAUCCAGCUUGGUUCCUCGGCGGAAAGCUGAAUGCUUCGUUUAACUGCGUUGACCGCCAUGCGCUCAAGGAUCCCAACAGGGUCGCCAUCAUCCACGAAACUGACGAUGGAAAUGGUGGUCGCUCUAUCACAUAUGGCGAGCUGCUUAAGCAAGUCAGCAAGGUCUCCUGGGCACUCAAGGAUCUCGGUGUGCGAAAGGGCGACACGGUCGCUAUCUACAUGCCCAUGAUUCCUGAAGCUCUCGUCGCCAUCCUUGCUUGCACCCGUAUCGGCGCUGUUCACUCCGUUGUCUUUGCUGGUUUCUCAGCUGGUUCUUUGCGAGAUCGCGUCGUCAACGCCAAGAGCAAGGUCGUCAUCACUGCUGAUGAGAGUCAGCGCGGCGGUCGAACGAUCGGUAUCAAGAAGAUUGUUGAUGAAGCGCUGAGACCGCUUGAGGGUGUUCAGACCCUUGUUUUCAAGAGAACUGGUGCCAAGGUUGCGUGGACUGAGGGACGGGAUCAUUGGUGGCAUGAACAGACUGCCAAGUGGCCUAGCUACAUCCCUCCUGAGGCCAUGGACGCUGAAGAUCCUUUGUUUUUGCUGUAUACCUCUGGAUCAACGGGUAAGCCAAAGGGUAUUUUGCAUACCACUGGUGGUUUUCUGGUUGGAGCUGCUGCGACGGGGAAGUAUGUUUUUGACAUUCACGAGAACGAUCGAUACUUCUGCGCUGGCGACGUUGGCUGGAUCACGGGCCAUACCUACGUUGUCUACGCUCCGCUCCUUCUGGGUGUCUCUACAGUUGUGUUUGAGGGAACACCGACAUUCCCUGAUGCCUCUCGUUUCUGGAAUAUCAUUGCGAAUCAUCAGAUCACCCACUUUUAUGUCGCUCCUACGGCUCUUCGCUUGUUGAAGAGGGCUGGAUCUGACCCUGUCAACCAUGACACCAGCAGUUUGCGUGUUCUCGGUUCAGUUGGUGAGCCUAUCGCCCCUGAGAUUUGGAAGUGGUACUACGAUGUCAUUGGGAAGGGUGAAUGCCAUAUCGUUGAUACAUACUGGCAAACUGAGACUGGCUCUCACGCCGUAACCCCUCUCGCUGGAGUUACACCCACUAAGCCUGGAUCCGCUUGCCUGCCAUUCUUCGGCAUCGACACAGUCUUGAUCGAUCCUGUUUCUGGCGCUGAGAUCCACGGUAACGGAGUCGAAGGCGUUCUUGCUUUCAAGACUUCAUGGCCUAGCAUGGCUCGAACUGUCUACGGUGACCAUCAACGAUUCGAGGAGACAUAUCUCAAGGUCUACCCCGGAUACUACUUCACUGGCGAUGGAGCCGCCCGUGACCAAGACGGCUUCUACUGGAUCCGCGGCCGCGUCGACGACGUAAUCAACGUCAGCGGCCACCGCCUCUCAACCGCCGAAAUCGAAGCUGCAAUGGUCGAGCACGCCGCGGUCGCUGAAUCCGCCGUCGUAGGCGUCUCCGACGAAGUAACAGGUCAAUCUGUCAUCGCCUUCGUCUGCCUAAAAGAAGCAUUCCGCACCUCCGAGGAGGAAGUCCACGCCGAGCUGAGACUGCAGGUCCGCAACAAUAUUGGUCCCUUUGCGGCGCCCAAGAAGAUCUUUAUGGUGGUUGAUCUGCCCAAGACUCGGUCGGGUAAGAUCAUGCGUCGUGUUUUGAGAAAGGUGGUUAUGGGUGAGCAGGAUCAGCUGGGGGAUAUCACUACGCUUUCGGAUCCUUCUGUUGUGGAGAAGAUUAUUGGUGUUGUGCAUAAGAGUGGUUAAUGGGUGGUGAUAAAAUGAUGGAAGGGACUGUGGUUAAAAUGUUUCUUGGAUGGGUCAUGAUUAGAGUAUUUCUCUCAACCCACUGUCUUUAUAACUCUUAUAAUAAUUCAAGAUAAUUGGCUUGCAAUUAUCCAAUCAGCUAUAUCAUCUGUCUCAAUAUCCUCGUUCAAGUCAAGAGUAUUCCCAGAG